AUGUCGAGUCUCCAGGAGAAGGCGCGCGUUAUCUCACGAUUCGGGGUAUGGAAUAAAUCCGAGGAAACUUUUAUCGGACUUCAGCUUGAUGCCGAGUCGACAGAGUUCGUCAUCUACAAAGUUCGUCAUCUACAAAGUUCAAUUCUGAGGAUUCAAACGCUGCAAUCGAAGUCGUCUAGUACUCCGCAGGGAAGCCUACGUGGACAGGGAGACGAGAGUGAAGAUACACAGGCCAAUGUAGCCUCCAUAUCCUCAAGUACAAUCCACUCAAACAACGACGACGGUCUAGCGGCAUUAGACGCAUUGCAGAAUACCAGAACACAUUCUUAUCAGCAAUAUCCAGUAAAGAAGACGCGACCACCGUUGAGUGUGCGACACUCGUUGUCGGAUGAAAGUUCAUACGUGAAUAGUCGAUACAAAGCCAUCAAAGAUAGUCUACAAGACUAUAGCAGCAGAAUUUUCAGCAUGCCGAGUUUCAAUCUUCCAGAUUUCAGAAGUGAGUGUCAUCCGGGCCGUUUUCUCGGAGAUUACCAACGGAAAGACAGCGUGCCAGCGGGAGAUGCUAGGAUCAAUGGCGCCGCAGAAGGCAGUGACGAGUUGUAA